AUGAUUCUUUAUGACUUUGACUCCGACGAUGAGUUGGAGACAAUUGGGAUAGCUGUUAUGGAAGGGCAACGACUAGCAGCCAAUAGUUCAUCAAGAUCACGGCAUAAUUCUAAUCAAUGUCGUAAAUUCAUUCAGCGCAAUUCUUUGCAAGGUCACCAAAGACUCUUGCUAGAUUAUUUUGCUGAUCCACCAGUAUAUCCUUCCAAUGUAUUUCGGAGGAGGCCAACUGCAAAUGUAGUUGUAACAAUAAUCAUUGGUGAUGAUACUGGAACUAAAACGCAUUGUGACAUCAUUGUUCAGAAAAAUUAUGAUGACGGGAUAGUCAUGUCUCAAGAUUUAGAGGGCAUUCAGUUGCAUAGAGAUUUAUUACAGGAAACUAUAAUAGCGAACAACAAUAUUGUCACAGAAGAAGAAGGAAUUGUUGUGUUCCCGAUAUCUGAGGAAGUUCGCAUACAUGAAGAUGUUUCGGAAGUUACAAGGGUGGUGAAUAAUAAUAUUGUCCUACCAGAAGAUGUUGCAAUCGUUGCACGUCACAGAAAACGACGCGUACUGAGUAGAUGGAAAUUUAGUGACAGAACAUUCACAUGUCCGCGAUGUGACGCCAUCAUGUGUUUAGAUGAGAGAACAAAGGAUAGUUCUAAAACCAAUCCCAAAUUCAGAUUAUGUUGUCAAGCUGGGGAGGUCCUUUUACCUUUAUUGCAACACGCUCCUGACUUCUUAGAUGCACAAUUGAGGAAUGCAAGUUUUAUGGAAAAAAUUAGAAUGUAUAAUUCAAUGUUGUCUUUCACAUCAAUGGAUGGAAAAGAAGAUCAUUCAGUUUCAGAUGGAAGAGGUCCAUAUGCAUUUCGGAUUAGCGGGGAAAAUUAUCAUAGAAUAGGGUCACUGCUACCAACUCCUGGUCAGAAACCUAAGUUUGCCCAACUUACUGGAGAUUUGUUGCGGGAUCGUAAUGUAUUGAAUCUACAUGUGCGUAUUUUAAACUCCAGAGGUGAACGACAAUAUAUCAGGCCAACUGCAAAUGAAGUUGCGGCUAUAAUCAUUGGUGAUGAUGCUGGAACUGAAACACAUCGUGAUGUCAUUGUUCAGAAAAAUGAUGGUAUAUUAAAAAGAAUCAGUGAAAUACAUCCAUCAUAUGUACCAUUACAGUAUCCAUUACUGUUUCCAUAUGGUAUAGAUGGAUGGAGGUGUGGCAUCUUUUCUAAUACAUUCUCAAGCAAAUCUCGAAACAAUGUGUCAAUUAGAGAAUUUUAUGCAUUUAGACUCCAACGUAGAGAAUUUGAAGGUAAAACACUUUUAAGAGGUGGGCGUUUGUUUCAACAAUUUAUCGUUGACUGUUAUGCUGCUAUUGAGCAAACUAGAUUGAAUUACAUCAAGACCCAUCAAGCUGAGUUACGCGCAGACCUAUAUCAAGGAAUAGAAGACGCUGUAGUUGCUGGAGAUGUAGAUGCGUCAGCAGUAGGGAGAAGAUUUGUGUUACCUUCGUCAUUCUCUGGGGGGCCACGUAGUAUGAUCCAACGUUAUCAAGAUGCUAUGGCAAUUUGCAGAACUAUUGGAGCUCCUGAUUUGUUUAUCACGUUCACAUGCAAUCCUAUAUGCCUAGAAAUAAAAGUUGAUCUUCCAAGACUACCGAAUCAACGUGCAGAAGAUAGACCUGAUAUCGUUGCUAGAGUUUUUCGGAUUAAGUUUAAACAAUUACUAACCGACUUGAAGGAAAAUAAAAUAUUUGGAGAAGUACUUUCAGUUAUUUACGUCAUUGAGUUUCAAAAACGGGGAUUGCCGCAUUCUCACAUUACAAUCACACUGGCAUCGGAGAAUAAGCCAAUCACACCUAAACAAAUUGAUGAGUUUAUAUGUGCUGAAUUGCUUGACAAAAAUACAGACCCAUUGGCAUAUGAGACUGUCGUCAGAUGCAUGAUACAUGGACCUUGUGGUGCUGCUAAUCCCAAUGCUCCAUGCAUGGUAGAUGGAAAGUGUACAAAACAUUAUCCGAAUAAAUUUUGUAAUGAAACAACAAUUAAUGAUAAUGGAUUUGUAUCAUACAGACGCAGAUGUAAUGAGGGCAACACAAUAAACAUAAAUGGAUUUAUAGUUGAUAACAGAUGGGUCAUUCCAUAUAAUCGUGAUCUUUUGGUGCGAUAUGAUUGCCACAUUAAUAUUGAACGAUGUGCGCACCCGAAGUUGAUGAAAUAUUUGUACAAAUAUGUCAAUAAAGGGCCUGAUCGUGCGACAACUGUGAUUGAGGAUAAUGUUAUUCAUCCAAACAAUAAUGGGCAACAACAUUACAAACAAGUUGAUGAGAUCAAACAGUAUUUGGAUGCUCGAUACGUGUCUGCGAUUGAAGCGUGUUGGAGGAUAUUUGAGUUUGAAAUUCAAAAACAAACUCCUUCUGUUGAGCGCUUACAAUAUCAUCUUCCAGGUCAACAAUUUGUUAUAUUUAAUGACAAUGAUCAUCUACACGAAGUUAUUGACCAACAAUGUGUUCAUGACACAAUGUUGACCAAAUGGUUUGAAGCAAAUAGAACCCACCAAUCUGCAAAGGAGUUGACUUAUGUUGAAUUUCCAACAAAAUGGGUAUGGAAAAGAGAUAAAAAAGAAUGGGAUGUCCGAAAAUCACAUAAAUGUAUUGGUAGAUUGCCAUAUGCACAUCCAACAUCGGGUGGGAGAUAUUAUUUGAGAAUGUUAUUGAAUAAGGUUCGUGGUGCAGAAAGUUUUGAGUAUAUCAAAACUGUAAAUGGGGUCAUGCAUACAACAUUUAAAUCUGCAUAUAUUGCCCUUGGUCUACUCGAUGAGGAUAAUGAAUGGCACGAGGCAUUGGCAGAAGCAUCAAAUUGGGCAUCAGCAACAAAACUUCGACAUAUGUAUUGCACAAUGCUCAUGUUUUCUGAUAUAACCAAUCCAGUCGAAUUAUGGGAACGUCAUUGGAAAAGUUUCACCGAUGAUAUACAAUAUAGAAUCAGAAGAGAUAUGAGAGAUAGUGAUCUAUAUCUUGACGAUGAAGACUUAAAAAAUUUAGGACUUCUCGAAAUUGAGCAUAUAUUAAAUAGAAAUGGAAGAUCUCUCAAAGAUUUCCCUCCCAUGCCAUUGCCAUCUUCGCAAGGUGCUCAAUUUGUGACAAAUAGGCUCAUCAGAGAAGAGAUGGAGUACGAUAGUGUUUCGGAAAAACAAUUGUUCAAUGAAUUACAUUCUGGUUUAAAUAGUGAGCAAUUGGAAGUUUAUGACACCAUAAUGAAUGCAUACAAUUGUAAAAAAGGGGGUUUGUUUUUCCUUUAUGGAAGUGGGGGAACAGGAAAAACAUAUCUGUGGAAAACAUUGAUAGCAAAGUUUAGGUCAGAAAAAAAAAUUGUCCUUUCAGUUGCAUCAUCUGCAAUUGCGGCUUUACUGUUACCAGGAGGUAGAACUGCACAUUCACGCUUUAAAAUUCCAAUUAAUUUGGAUGAAUUCUCAAGUUGUAGUAUUAAUCAACAGACUGAACUGGCAAAAUUAAUUCAAGAGGCAUCAUUGAUCAUAUGGGAUGAAGCUCCAAUGCACCAUCGUUAUGGAUUUGAGGCAGUUGAUCGUACUUUCAGAGAUAUACUAAAGGGUACAGAAUUUUGUUCAAGUGAUUGUGUAUUUGGUAGAAAACUAUUCAUACUUGGUGGUGACUUUAGACAAAUUUUACCUGUAGUACCAAAAGGUAGACGGGAAACCACAAUUGUAGUUUCGUUGAAGGAAUUGACUGUUUGGAAUCAUUGUCAUUGUAACGCCUCGAAAUAA